UCUCUGCGAAUAAAUGGCAGAGAGCUUGGCGCUACGCGAUGCUGCGCUCUCCCGCGAGCUCGGACGGGCCUCGGCUGCUGCUCGGGUCCAGUUUUCCUCGUCCUUUCGGCUUUGUCCUCCGCGGCUGACCACGGAAAGGGAGACUCAGCUUCCGGACCCCGCCACCUUCCGCUCGCCUCCGCGGCUGCCCGGGCCUCCGACGAGAGCCAGGUGAUUGCACUCUGCCAUCUGUGUUUGGGCCACUGCCUUACAAUGGAGUUCCCUGACUUGGGGAAACACUGUGCAGAAGAAACUUGCAAGCAGCUAGAUUUUCUUCCAUUAAAAUGUGAUGCAUGUGAACAAGAUUUCUGUAAAGAUCAUUUUACCUAUGCAGCACAUAAAUGUCCCUUUGCAUUCAAGAAGGAUGUUCAGGUCCCAGUAUGCCCACUUUGUAAUAACCCAGUCCCGGUAAAAAAGGGAGAGAUACCAGAUGUUGUGGUUGGUGAGCACAUUGAUAGAGAUUGUAAAUAUCGUCCUGGGAAGAAAGACAAGAUUUUUACAUACCGAUGCUCAAAGGAGGGAUGUAAGAAGAAAGAAAUGCUGCAGGUGGCUUGUGACCAGUGUCGGGGCAAUUUCUGUAUUCAGCAUAGACACCCUCUGGAUCACAGCUGCAAACGCGGGAGCCGCCCAGUGAGCAUCGCCGGGUGUUCUGCUGCGAGAGCCUCUGAAUCCAAGCGGUGGGGCGCUCUAAACACCCUGUCUUCCAGCUGGCUGGCUCAGCAGUUCAGCUUAGUCAUAGCAACAUUCAGGACUUGAACUUCAGCCUUCUGGGACCCAAGUACAACGGCGGUUCAUUCCAGCUCAGGCGGGAUCCAGAGGGACGUUUCACGGCUGACUUCUGAAUGAAGUACUGUAUUUGGCCUAGGUCUCUUCUGUGACCAACCACUCCUAGUUAAUCAUGACAAACCAACAAAAUUAGGUAUUCUUUUGUUCUCUUUCAGGUCAAAAGUAAAGAGAUGACAUGACUACUGUUCAAGCUGGCACAGUAGCUUAUUUUUGUCUAUUAACUUUGUGGGUAACUUAUAAGUAUAUUCAUACUUAUAGUGGCAAAGGUCUGAGACUUUUUAAAACUUUCCCAAUAAAAUAUGUAAAUUCUUUUGGCAAAAUAAACAAUCAGAAGGGUAUUAAUAUUGUAAGGUGGGUUAAGCUGCUAUAUAUAAUAUCCCCCCACACUCCCCCAAAUAAAACAAAGUGGCUUGGAGAGCAAAGGAUCUGAGUAUGCCAGGUCAGAGGGUGGCUCUGUCCUGGGCUCAGUGAGUCAAGGACCCAGCCUUCCAGAAGCUCCGCCAUUUAAACAACAGGCAGCCAAUCGCACUGUCUUCAAAUGUGGCUUCUGUGGUGAUGUGACCAUCUGAGCUCAGGAAGUGGGUGGGACCUACGCCCACCCUGUCAAAGGUCCUUGCCCAGAGGCGGCCCCAGCCCACCACCCCCACUCCCCUGUGAGGACAGUCCUAUGAGCAGAGUGACUCCACGCGUGAGACUUACACUCACUGGCAGCCUCAGUGUGUGGUGAGAGAGCACUCAUGUCCUGGGGCCUUGGGUGUUAGGAAGUAGGGGAAAGAAAACGCCAUCCGAGGUGGGUUCUGACCUUAACCCACUGCUCACCCAGCUCUACACUCCAGAUACCCACUGAGCCUGGAUUAACAAAGAUCCAAGCAGUUAUUCUUCUGGUUUCAUAGUCUCCAAAUAAAUGGGGGGGAUGGGGGGGGAGGGCUUGUAGUUAGUGUCCAUUCUGCAUAAUAGGUGGUCAAAACUGUUUCUACAUUGUCUUAUUCAUGGGAUUUGUUCUGGACCCAGGAUUCUCGAGCUUUUGCAUGCAUCAGGGUUGCCUAGAGGUCCCAUCAGAACAAUGCGGGACUCACCUGACACUUGCUGAUUCCGUGGGUCUGGGGUGGGCCCAAAAGUCUGUAAUUCCAACAAGCUCCCAGGUGAGCUAUGGCCAGGGGACCACACAGGGACAAGCCACUUGCCUGUAUCUGUGCUGUCUGCUGUGGCCGUCACUGGCCGCCUGUGUUUGGGAGCAUGUGGAAUGUAGCCAGCACGAUGGCAGGACCUAACUUCUGUGUUUCUCCAAAAAUAAGACCUAACUGGAAAAUAAGCCCUAGCCUGAUUUUUCAGGAUGCUCGUAAUAUAAGCCCUACC